UGAGCAAACUGGCUGGCUCUCAAAUUCCCACCUUUCGCUGCGCCACAAAACGCAACCAGGCCACGCCCCCAGAGGCUCAUUAAAAGCCAACCCCACUACCGGCUUCGGUUCUCAAUUCUACGAUGCACCGUUGGUGUUUAUGGAGAUAACCUACGCGUCCCCGAGUGCCGGCGACUUAACUUACUCUUCCUCCACCUCUUCCGGAUCAUCCAUUAUGCCUGCCCGACCCGUUAAAAUCAUCCCGCUCCAGCACGCCGACACGACGUCGUAUGUUAGCUCGGGUGGUGUUUAUUCUUCUUCUUCGUCUUGGUCUAAUUCUUUGUUUUCUGGAUGGUGCCAAAAGAUCAAGCGGAUGACGUUUAUUGAUUGGAUUGAGAUGUUUCUUCCUUGUUGCCGUUGGAUUCGGACGUACAGAUGGCGGGAGUAUUUCCAGGUUGAUCUCAUGGCUGGUACCACCGUUGGUAUCAUGCUUGUUCCGCAGGCAAUGUCAUAUGCAAAAUUAGCUGGACUUGAACCAAUAUAUGGGCUAUACUCUGGAUUUGUGCCAAUAUUUAUCUAUGUCAUAUUUGGGUCAUCUCGGCAGCUGGCAAUUGGUCCGGUUGCAUUGGUUUCCCUCCUGGUCUCCAAUAUGUUAAGUGGCAUUGCUGAUUCAAUAGAUGCAUUAUACACAGAACUUGCUAUAUUGUUGGCACUGAUGGUUGGAAUCCUGGAAUGCAUGAUGGGGCUUUUGAGGCUUGGAUGGCUUAUUCGUUUCAUUAGUCAUUCUGUGAUUUCUGACUUCACAACAGCUUCAGCCAUUGUAAUUGCUUUAUCUCAAGCAAAGUAUUUUUUGGGGUAUGAAAUUGAUCGAAGAAGCGAGGUUGUGCCAAUAAUCAAGAGCAUAAUAUCUGGAGCUGAUGAGUUCUCAUGGCCACCUUUUGUAAUGGGAUCUAUAAUUCUUGCGAUACUUCAGACCAUGGAGCAUUUGGGAAAAUCAAAGAAGCACUUGAGCUUCUUGCGUGCAAUGGGUCCCUUGACAGCAGUUCUUCUGGGUACAACUUUUGUCAAGAUAUAUCAUCCAUCAUCCAUUACUUUGGUAGGAGAUAUACCUCAGGGCCUUCCCAGCUUUUCCAUUCCUAAAAGCUUUCAGUAUGCAAAGUCCUUAAUUCCAACUACACUUCUCAUAACUGGUGUAGCCGUAUUGGAAUCUGUGGGGAUUGCCAAAGCAUUGGCAGCAAAAAAUGGGUAUGAGCUGGAUUCAAAUCAACAGUUGUUUGGUCUUGGUGUUGCCAAUAUCUUUGGUUCAUUCUUUUCAGCAUACCCCACAACAGGUUUCUUCUCCAGAUCAGCUGUGAAUCAUGAGAGUGGGGCAAAAACGGGCUUGUCUGGAAUUGUAACAGGAAUCAUAAUGGGUUGUGCUCUGUUGUUCUUGACUCCAUUAUUUGCGUACAUGCCACAGUGUGCUCUGGCUGCUAUAGUGAUCUCUGCUGUUAUAAGUCUGGUGGAUUAUGAAGAGGCCUUUUUCUUAUGGCAUGUAGAUAAGAAAGAUUUUCUUCUUUGGACCAUUACAAGUACUACAACUUUGUUUCUUGGAAUUGAGAUUGGUGUCCUUAUUGGGGUAAGCCUUUCACUUGCCUUUGUCAUUCACGAAUCAGCAAAUCCUCAUAUUGCUGUCUUGGGGCGUCUUCCUGGCACCACUGUUUAUAGGAACAUUCAGCAGUAUCCAGAAGCAUACACUUACAAUGGAAUUGUGAUUGUUCGUAUUGAUGCUCCUAUCUAUUUUGCAAACAUAAGUUUCAUUAAAGACAGGUUACGAGAGUAUGAAGUUGUGGUUGAUAAAUCGACAAGACAUGGACCAGUAGUUGAAAGGAUUUAUUUUGUGAUUUUAGAGAUGGCACCUGUUACAUACAUAGAUUCUAGUGCUGUCCAAGCUCCGAAAGACUUGUACCAUGAAUAUAAAUCACGGGACAUCCAGAUAGCCAUGUUCAAUCCAAACCGGGAGGUCCUGUUGACCUUAUCAAAAUCCGGUGUGGUAGAUUUGAUUGGUAAGGAGUGGUACUUUGUAAGAGUGCAUGAUGCAGUCCAAGUUUGCCUCCAGCAAGUUCAAAGCAUAAAAGAAACUCCCAAGGCAUCAGAUCGGGCACCUGAAGAAAACCCAAUUUUCUUCCAGAGAUAACUGAUACAGAGGGAGGAUUUAUCAGUUUUAGAGCUAGAGUCAGGUAAUAACAAGCCUCCAGUUUCAAAGCAAAGUGACCGUCAAUUGGAGCCAUUGUUGUUCCGAAAGUCUUGAAAUUUGCUGGCAUCUGAAGCAAAAUAUUACGAUAAUGCCAUUUUUUAAUAAGGCAUUUCUGAUAUAGAUAUUGUUCAAUUGUUCCGGCCGUAAAUGACGAUUGUUUAUUUGUAACCUAUUGGGAAAAAAAAAAAAAAAGAAGGGUUGAUUGAUUCUUCAUAAGUAGGCCUGUUUGUUGUAAAAGGUAAUGCCAUCAAGCAAGAUUAGGACAAAGAACUUCAGAACCUCAAUUCUUGUAUGUAUUGCUGGGGAAUAUAAUUGUACUAUUAGUCUGUUACCUCAUAUGAUAGCUGCGUAAAUUUGCAUCUUCUAUCAAGACAUUUUUUUUAUUAUUAUUUGUUUUAAAGUACAAACCUCUUGCACCAAAAGGGAUGCCACAAAAAAUGACAGUUUCUGAAGUGUAGAGUCCAUUGUCAUUUGGUGUUGUUAGAGUCCCACAUUGAGAGAGGAGCAAAAGCCAGACUACGUUGGGCAUUAUAAAUAUAAGCUGAGGUGUAUCAAUGCAAUUUGCUUUAAACUAAUGAGUAAGGAAAACAAAGCGAGUGGUGAGAGCCACUUGCAGCGCUCAACCUCAAAAGUGCGCAAGAAUUUAUGGAGGGUUAUAGGCUGGCCGAGUGUAGACGCUGUGCUUACUUUGCACAGAACUCGCUUGAGCGGGCCUCCCAAGCAAGCCCCUAAUUUGCAAUUCAAACUUUUAUGCCUUAACUGCAGUGUUGUGAAUUUCUAGUCACAUAUUCUUCUAUUUGUAUAUAAAAAGCGUUCGGAGCCAUAUAAAUUAGUAAUCCAAUUAAAUUUGAAAUUUAGUUGGCAACAAUGUUUUGUAACGAUCAAAUAUAUUAUUUCCCCUAAUUAAGAAAAUAC